AGCGUAACGUGUGUCACGUGGCAGCGCCGCUUACGCCGCUCUCAAACAUGGCAGGCAAAGCAGGCAAGCCGAGUCGCCCUCGAAAGGCGGAUAAGGACGAAGAGGAGCAGCCGCUGCAGGCUGUUCUGGUCGCAGACAGCUUCAACCGCAGGUUUUUCCCCAUCACCAAAGACCAGCCGCGGGCUCUUCUGCCUCUUGCUAAUGUCUCCAUGAUUGACUACACAUUAGAGUUCCUGACCUCUACUGGAGUGCAAGAGACGUUUGUCUUCUGCUGCUGGAUGGCCAGCAAAAUAAAGGAACACUUACAGAAGUCCAAAUGGUGUCGCCCCACAUCUCCAAAUGUGGUGCACGUCAUCACCUCUGACCUGUACCGUUCCCUCGGGGAUGUGUUGAGGGACGUGGACGCCAAAACUCUCGUCCGCUCGGACUUUCUGCUGGUGUAUGGGGACGUGGUGUCCAACAUCGAUAUUUCCCAGGCUUUACAGGAACACAAACAGCGGCGCAGUAUGGAUAAGAACGUCUCGGUGAUGACCAUGAUCUUCAAAGAGUCGCCUCCCGGUCACAAGACUCGCUGUGAAGACGAUGACAUUAUAAUAGCUAUGGACGGCAAGAGCAAGCGCAUUCUUCAUUACCAGAGAGCACAGGCCUUAAAGAGACUCCACUUCCCUAUGAAUAUUUUCCAUAGUGGAAGUGAUGAGUUUGAAAUUAGGUUUGAUCUUCUGGAUUGUCAUAUUAGCAUCUGUUCUCCACAGGUUGCUGAGCUUUUCACAGACAACUUUGACUACCAGACAAAAAAUGACUUUGUCCGUGGGCUUCUAGUCAAUGAAGAGAUCCUGGGAAACCAGAUCCAUAUGCAUGUCACUAAAGAUGGAUAUGGGGCUCGUGUGUCGAACCUCCUCAUGUACGACACCGUCUCUUCCGACACGAUCCGCCGUUGGGUCUAUCCCAUCACACCCGAGGCCAACUUUGCAGACCUGGAAGGCCAGAGCUGUACUCACUCUCGACAUAAUGUGUACCGUGAGACAGGGGUCAGUCUGGGUCACGGCAGCCAGAUGGAGGAAAAUGUGCUUAUUGGCCGAAAUACAAUGAUUGGAGCAAACUGCACCAUAUCAAAUACUGUGAUUGGUGCAAACUGUGUCAUCGGAGACAAUGUGACUCUGGAUAGAGCUUACAUAUGGAACAGAGUCCACAUAGCCGACGACGUGAAGGUCAAGCAGUCUGUAAUCUGUGAUAAUGUGGAGGUGAAACACGGAGUUGUUUUGAAUGAGCAGUGUGUGCUCGCCUACAAUGUUGUGGUGGGUCCAGAUAUUACUCUUCCAGAAGGCACAGUUCUGUCCAUGCACCAUCCAGAUGAAGAGGAUGAUGAAGAUGACGAUGAGUUCUUGAGCGAUGACAAUGAUGUUGGUUACAGAAAAGACAAAACCAAACUGAAAGUGUUUAACCCAGCAGAGGUUGGUUCAGAGGGUAAAGGAUACAGAUGGAAGACCAGCAGUCUUGAAGACACAGAGGAAGAUGAGCUCGCUGAAUGCAUUUGGGAACAGUCCCUGUAUGUUUCCUCACAGUUGUUGAAGAAGUGGGCGCCAGUCUUUAAGAACUAUGUGAAGAGACCUCAAGACCAACUGGACUGUCUUGCUUCCAUGGAGGAGGUUUUCCUUGAACGUGAAACUCAUUGGGCAGCUUUGGUCAAAGUGCUGAUGAGUAUGUACCAGCUGGAGAUCUUGGAGGAGGAAGGCAUCAUGCACUGGUUCAAUCAGGGCUCCACCACAGACAAGAGCCAACAGCUCCGCAGGAAUCAAGGGCUCUUGAAGUUCAUUCAGUGGCUACAGGAGGCUGAGGAGUCUUCAGAAGAAGAUGAAUGAACCUAAACCAUCGUGCGUGUGAAUAACACACUCUGGAUGGUCAUUUAAACACUUUACAAACCAGAAAAAAACACCAAUGUUUGUGGAAUGGUUUGAUGGUCCUGACAAAUGGCAACAUAUAAAGGUGUGGAAAUGGAUAUUUAUUCAUAGUUUUUUAUUUUUCUUUCUUGAUUUCUGUAUGCUUGCUGAAAAGCAUUGUUUAAACCAAAAAUGUGACCCUGGACCACAAAACCAGUCAUAAGGGUCA